AUGGCCCGGGUGGCGCGCGUCCAGUCGAUGCAUGCGGACCUCGAUCCCCAGGUCCAGCGCAAGUGCAGCUCGGAGGUGGCGAAGUACUGCGGCGACACGCCGCGGGAGGACCUGCACUUGUGCCUACGGCGGCACUUCAAGGACCUGGGCCCGGAGUGCCAGAAGGCGGAGGGCCUGCAGGCCCGGAUGGAGAUCGAGACCUCGGUCAUGAGGCCGAAGACGAGUGUGGUCUGCAGGCGGGCCUCGGACGUGUUCUGCAGCGGCAGGGGGUCAAGGGAGCUGCGCGGGUGCCUGGAAGAGAGCAUGCACAAGGAUGCGUUCCCUGUGGCCUGCAGGCAAGCCCUCACCGAGGACAUGGAGGCGAGCAACCACGACUGGCAGCUGAAAUUCGGCAUCUCCACCGAGUGCCAGGAGGACGUGCACGCUCACUGCAGGGAGGAGUCGGGCACUCCUGGGACGGGUGUGCUGAACUGCCUGUCCAGAAAGCACCUCGCGAACGAGCUGAUCCGGUCGGGCUGUCAGGAAGAGGUCACGCGAUACCUCAAGGCUGGCGCGCAGAACAUCAGGGUCCUCCCAGAUGCCUUCGAGGCGUGCCAGACGGACGUGGCCUCGUACUGCCCAGGAGUGCCAGCUGGUCAGGGGCGCGUGCACGCCUGCCUGAUGAAGCACAAGAGCUCUCUGUCGCAGGAGUGCGCGGCCAGCGAGUUCCGGAACCAGGCGGCGCAGGCCAAAGACAUCCGGAUGAGCCCCGAGGCCAUGAAAUAUUGCGGGCCGGUCAUGACGAAGUUUUGCCCGGGUGUGGAGCCAGGCGAGGGCAGGAUGUGGGCGUGCCUCUUCGAGCACCGGUCCAGCCCGGCCAUGCCCGAGCAGUGCGCCGAGGCCCUGAAGGGCCACGCCAAGCUGAAGCAGUCCGAGUUCUUCCUGAACCCCGGCAUCCUCGCGAAGUGCAAGGGGGAGGCCAAGAGGCUAUGCCCGGAGCAGCUGGAGCGGGCCUCCAAGAAGAACUUCGCCGCGCGCGGCUCGCACGGCACCGUGAUAUCUUGUCUCAUCUCCAAGCGCGAGGAGGUCCAGGACCCGGACUGCCUGGCCGCCGUCCGCGGCGAGCAGGGCGAGCGCGUGCAGAUGGCGGCCCUGGACCCGGAGCACGAGCCGGUCUGCGCAGCGGACAUCCGCAGGCACUGCCUGCUGGCGCAGCGGAAGGCCGAGCUCUCGCGCGGCACCGACGGCCUCGUACACAAGUGCCUCCAGGAUCACCUGCCCGAUCUCUCGGAGGCGUGCGCCAAGAAGGAGCGCGAGUACAUGGUCAUGGCUUCCGAGGAGGCGCGGCUGAACAUCCCCAUCGCGCAGAGCUGCAGGCAGGCGACGCAGCGGUGGUGCGACAGCGUGCCCGACGAGGAGGGGCUGCUCCAGACAUGCCUGCUGAAGCACGUGCACGACGAGAGCAUGGAGAUCCCCUGUCGCCAGGCGCUCAUGGGCGAGCAGGUGAAGCGGGCCACUUCGCUCAGAUUCAACCCGCACCUGCGGAAAACGUGCUCCAACGAACUGCACAGGCUCGUCCAGGAGGGCAAGUGCGACGCGUUCCGACAGCCCGGAGGCCGGAAGCCGGGCGCCCUGGUGGAUUGCCUCACCGACCACGUCGAGGAGAUCCAGGACCCUGCCUGCAAGGACGCAACGCUCAAGGUGAUGCAGACGCACAGCGCCGACCUCCGCGCGAAGCCGCGCAUGCACGACGCCUGCGAGCAGGACCUCAAGGCGCUAUGCCCCAACGUUGCCCUCGGCGCAGGCCGCGGGCACGAGUGCCUGCGGGGGAAGCUCGGCCAGAUCCGGAGCGACGAGUGCAAGAAGCUGGUGAUGGCCGUUCAGCUGGCCGACAACUCAAGCGCCACUAUCAACUACGGCGUCCGCACGCGUUGCGCCAACGAGGUCAGGAUGUUCUGUCCCGACGUGACGCCCGGCGAGUCCAGGGUGAUGCUGUGCCUAGGGAUCCACUCGAACGAGACAGGAUUCGGCGAUGACUGCAAGAGGGAGUUGGCCAAGGUUCAGAUCGACAGCAUGAUCAAGAGGCUGCGCGGCCACGGCGGCCACGGGAAGGCGCCCCUCGACAAGCGCAUCGAGGAGCUCAGGAAGUGGCUGCAGAGACACCAGGGCUUCGCCGAGGAGCAUGGGGUCAUCCUCCUCAGCGGCACGGUCGGGUUCGUGGCCGUCUUGACCGCUUGGAUUUCCUGGUGUAUGCUGAGACGUUACGGAUCUGGAAAGUCUGGGUACACGGUGGUCGUGCCGAAGGACCUGAGCAGCUGA